AUGAAGAAGAAGCAGAAGAUUAGAGCCUCUUCCUCCACGCCCACACCAUUCGUUGAACUGAAAUCAAUAAUCCUAUCGCACAGCCAAUUCUUCGACCAUUUAGUUGAAUUGAUUCCGGCUAAAUUUUACCUCUCAAUCGACGACGCAGAGUCCAAGCCCUGGUACCAGGGUCUCUCCAAAGCAGCCAAAGCCUCUUUGAAACAACAAUCUAGGCAAAACCUUAAACUCGCCCGCCGCAACCGCCUUGACCCGGAGAACAAGUCGUCAUCCUCCACCCUCCACCUUCUCCAACAACAAAUUAACAAAAUACCGGAACCCGACCCAGAUGAACUGAAUCAGAAGGGUAGUUUUGGUGAUUUGGAAGAGGAUGGUGACGGGGGGGAGGCUCGGGUUAAGUCUACUGAUUUGGAGGAGGGAAUUGGGAAUGUAAAUAGGAAUGAGUCUGUUACUUACGAAGAGUUGCGGCAGAAAUUGCGGAAAAAGAUUGAUUUGUUGCGUGGCAAUCGGGGAGAGGGUGGAGGAAAAAGGGUCGAUGAUAAGAAGAGGAAGAGGGGUGAGAAUGAUGGAGAGGAGAGUAGCAAAGUGGUGAAUGUGGAUGUGAAUGAGGGGGAAGAUGGAGAGGAGAUUAUUGAAUAUGGGAAAGUUAAGUUAGGGGAUGAAGAGGAGAGGAAGAAUAAGAAAACGAAGAAGAAUAAAAUGUCGAAGGUGAAGGAGUUGGAGAAGGUGAAGAGGUUGCAGGAGGUGAAAAGGGAGAACAUGGGUGUGGCCGAGAGGGAGUCUUGGAAGGCAGCAACCAGCCGAGCAAUGGGGGUGAAGGUGCAUGAUGAUGCAAGAAUGAUCAAGGAGAGCAUGAAGAAAGAGAAGAGGAAGAAGGAGAAGAAUGCAGAGAAGUGGAAGGAGAGGGUGGAGUCACAAGAGAAGAUGAAGAAGGAGAGACAACAAAAGAGGAAAGAUAAUAUCAUGGGGAGGAUUAAGGAGAAGAAGAUGAGGAAGAUUGCCAAGCGCGAGAAGAAGUUGAUGAGGCCCGGGUUUGAGGGACGAAAGGAUGGUUACAUUACUACUCAAGAUUGA